GGAGGGCGAUGCGGUCCGUGCAGGGAUGUUGCUCUUUGAGAAAGUCACUUUUCACCAUAUCGACAUCGACUUCCUGGUGUGCAUGGCGCAGGAUCAUUCUGCAGCAGUGCGUUCGACUGCCUGUUCGAUUGCCAGCCGGGCAGCAGCGGCAGUUGCAAAUGCGGGCCUUUGGCACAGGUCUUGCUUCUGGUGGCAGAAUGGGCUCUAACAACUCUGACAAAUCUGACAGGCAUUUGGUGGCAGUGCGGGAAGAGCGUUUUCAAGAGCUUGUCGCCGCAGAAGUGGCGUACCUGGCCACAGUGCCAGUAAAACCUGUCAGCAUGCGUCAGAUUGUGACAUGGCGCAAUGCUCGUGAUAUGGUCCCUACCAUCCAGAAGGAAGUGCCAAAGCGAUUUGCCCUGAGAAUCCGGCUGAUUGAAACACUGGAUGGGUGGCAGGCUAUCCCAGAGCUUGUGAAAAUGCACGAUCUGCUUACAGGAUGGUACAGAGACCUCGUACUUCUUGACUACAAAAAUCCUGACCUGGCGAGUUUUGUUCGGUCCUUCAAAUCCAUUCGGGAUGAAGGCCGCCAUACCAUUGCUCUAUCAGCAAGCGGCAUCUACAAACUCCGAAACAAGCUGGGCAAAUUUUCACAGCAGGAGACCAAUUUUCUGGAUGAAUGGCUCGAUGGCUUCUUGCUGUCAAGGAUUGGAACAAACGCCUUGAUCGACCAGUUCAUUGCUAUUGCGUCCAAAGAGGAUGGAGGUUUGGGCAGACCAACAGGCAUAACAGAUCCCCGCAAGAAGCUUAGUGGCCUAGUGCAAUGGACCUGUGCGCUUGAUUCUUGUCAUUGGCGUUUUUUGCUUCAGCGCAUAUUGCCUCAGGUUGCAACGCGUCCAACAUUUGUAGAUUCGCUGCCCAAGUGUCAUCUUACAUGUGCUACCAACGGUUUGGUACAGAGCCAAAGUACAUUGUUCAAGACUACCAGGCUGGCCGAGUUGGACCACAAGAGAAGUCUCCUUGCUACUUUAGCCUGAUUCCGAGCUAUUUGAGAUACAUUAUGUGCGAGCUGUUGAAGAACAGCUUUCGGGCAACGCUUCUGACAGAGAUUGACAUCAGUUCUCGUCCAGUGCAUAUUCGAGUCUGCAACGAUGUUCAUCAUGUUGCAAUCUUAGUGAGUGAUGAGGCGGGCGGCAUCCCGUUUGAAGUCGGGGAUCAGAUUUGGUCAUACAUGUAUGGCACGGCUGCAAAGAUAGGGACUGUCAACAGCUUCAGCACAGAGGGAGACGAGCUGGACAAUCCAGAGAGCCUUACAGGGUAUGGUGUUGGACUGCCUUGUGCCCGACUUUAUGCACGAUAUUUGGGAGGGAAGCUCUCGCUCACUUCCUAUCCCAGCUAUGGAACACAAGCGCACUUGAUACUGCCCAGACUUGGAUCGCCUCCGUAAUCUGGACGGAGACGGUGAUAGAGUGAGCAACAUGGUUUGGCAACAGAGGGAACUUUGAAACACCACAUCCAUCAGGAUCAUUCAAUGCCCCCUUUUACAAACGGCUAGCAUGAACAUGCAUGAACUAUAUAUGACCUAUGUUGGCCUGAGAUAGCCUGAGGAGGACUUGAGCAAGUGUCGCAGGUGGCGCGUUGCUUGCGGAGGCCUUUCAAGCUGAUGCCGUAGCUUUGAAUCCGAAAAUGCUUCGAAAACCGCCUAAAUACGAAUAACGAUGACAUAUAUGAAAUGCGAUGACUGCACCUGACGGGGCUUCAAUUGACACAUGGCCAGGGAUGCUGUGAUCUUGUACUGCACCGUUGCACAUUCCUACCCCAAGGGUUCUUCAGCGAAUGGACUAGUAGGACAAGUGAAGCACAGAGCAGCGAAACACGGAAUCGCAAAA